UUGACGAAGACUAUGACGAAAAAUAUUCGUCAACGAACCUUUUUCACGGACGGAAACUAAAUAAAAACUAAAUAAAAAGUCAGAUAUGAUGACGAAGACUGUGACUAAUAUAACGGACACGUUAGUCAACGAAUAAAAAUAAGACGAACAUAUUAGGGAGGGACGAAUGGAGAAGAGAUCCCAUCAGAAUUACUUUUUUUGUGUGACAAGUUGGGAAGAAAUCCAAUCAAAAGUUAGUUGCCAACCGCCAUAAAGAAGAAGAAGAAAAAGUCCAAUCAGAGCGAGUCUCGUAGAAGCAGCCUUUUUGCAGCAGUCAUUUCAAAGGGCGGCAAAUGACUUAAAGAAUUAGCCUAAAGAAAUGUCAGAACUGGGAAGAAAAAGAAGAAUUGAUAUCUGGUCACACUUUACUUAUCAUACUAAUGAAAACAAGACCACCUGCCAGCCGUGUGGAGCCAAAAUAACUGGAAAAAACACGACAAAUUUGAAACGACAUUUGCAGUCGGUGCAUCCAGAGAUACAUGCGAAGAUACAGAAGACGUCUGAUGACCAUGGGCCAAGGGGAAAUAAAGCUAGUGCUGCUAGUGCAAGUUCAACCCAGCAGCAGACUAUCUCUACAGCUUUCCAAAGUUCUUCAAAGUACAAAAUGGAAUCAAAGGAGCAACAGACCAAGGAGCAGGCCAUAGCCAGAUGGAUUGGACGCACAGGUUUACCACUCACAACAAUUGAAGACGAGGACUUUGUGCAAAUGAUGGAGAUAGUAGAUAGGAGACUAGCAAUUCCAAAGAAAACUAAAAUUAGCAAUUUGAUUGAAACACAAUAUGAACAUGAAAGACAAAAAUUCAAACAGAGACUGGCUGCUGCCCGGAGAGUAUCCAUUGGCCUUGACUUGUGGACAAAAAAAGGACUGACCGCCUCAUUCCUUGCUAUUAGCGCAUGCUACUUUUGUGUUGAACAAAUCAAACCUGCACACAUAUUGUUGGCCCUUGAACAAGUAGCUCACCCACACACUGCACUGUCUAUUAAGGCAUGUGUGGACGAAUGUAUACAAGAGUGGGCCAUACCGAAGGAGAAGAUCCUGACGGUAAUAACGGACAAUGGAAGUAACAUGGUGGCAGCCUUUAAAAACACCACAGCAGAAGAAACCAGCUCUGAGGCUGACUCCCCUGGGUCCGAAACCGCGAUGGAAAGUGACUCUGAAAUUGAUGACCAGCGGUACCAUCAUGUCGACAUGGAAAUGGCCCGGACGCCGUGCGUGGUGCAUACCAUACAACUUGUGGUCCACAUGUUGCAGAAAGAAACAACUGUCAAAAGAGUCCUCGAUAAAGCAAGGUCUGUGGUGAAGCUCUUUCGCAAGUCCUCAGUUGCAACACAGAGGCUACUAGACCAGUGUGGUGUCAUUGUUGUAAAUGACUGCCCCACACGCUGGUCAAGCACAUUCAACAUGGUCACACGACUCCUCACAGUCAAAGAUACUGUCUGUCAAAUCACAAAUGACAUGGGAUGGGACAGUUUGCUUACUAGUGAGUGGCAAAAGCUUUCAUCAUUGCGUGACCUACUGCUUCCUUUUGCAGAACACACUAAAACCCUCCAGAGUGACACCACAUCUAUGUCCCUAGUGGUUCCUGCCCUCUUUGAUCUGCUGAGCCACCUAGCUGACUUUGCAGAGAACAGCCGGUACAGAGACCUCGCCACUCUUGCAGAGAAAAUGAGAUCAAAUCUGAACCUGCGUUUUGCUUGCCUCUUGGAUCCAACCGAUGAAAAGUUCUCACCACUUGCAGCAGCUGCCUGCUUUGUCAACCCAACUGUCUGUGAAAUCCUUGUUAAUGUUGAUGUAGCUGAUGGAAAUAUCCAGGAACUGCUGAAACAGGCAGAAGACUAUGUGGUCAAAUGCACUUUCCUCCCACACACAAGACAGGAGGACCACCAGUCUGACGAUGAUGCAGAAGAAGUCAUUGAGGAACCAGAACCAGCGCCAUCUUCAAAGCAGCCGGUGUUUAGGUUCCUCUCAAAAUGCCGCACCACAAGACCUAAACAGAAAACCUCCACAACCAGCGUCAGGCAGCAGAUCAUUAAGUACAAGGAAGAACUUUCACAUCCCAUCACUGAGGACACAGGAACAGACUUCUGGCUGGAAAAGAGUGACAGUUUUUAUCACAGUUUAAAACCUUUUGCUUUGGACUUGUUGGCUAUGCCAGCUUCUCAAGCUUUUGCAGAGAGAGUAUUCAGCAUCACAGGUGACCUCACAAGAGGACGGCGCAACAGAGGAAGGGUCAGCUUGGAGCGAAGUGCUUUCCUUAAAAUGAACAGAAACAAAUAGAACUGUUGUAUUCACUGCUAUUUACAGCAUUACAGCUGUAGCAGUAUAUGCACAACUUAGAGUUUCCGGUCUGGUAUUUGUUUUGUUUUUUGUUUAAUAUGAGAGCAGAGAGAUUUUUCUUGUUCCAUGCAAUAAUGGCAUUACAGCUGAGCAUGUAAUUCACUUGUCUUGAGUUGAGCUCCUUGAUACUAGCUCAUUGAUACUACUUCGAAUUAUUAACAGAAGAAUAUUUUGUUUUGUGUGCAAUGACAUUUCAACCAAUGCAUAUUUUCUUUUAGGCUACAUAUGUUUUGUUUUUCCUUUUCAAAUCUAAGUGAUUUUGCUCACAAUGCACAGAGUAAUAGUUGAUGACUAAGAAGAUGAUGCUUAGUUACAGAGUUGUGUGCUUUUUAGUUUAAUGUGAUAUUUACCUGUAUUUUAAAUGCUGAGACAGCACAGCAGGGUGUUUUUUUUUUUCAUUUACUUGAACAUUAAGGAGUAUUACAGCCAAUACAUCUUUUAUUCUACUUUUGAGAAUUCUUGUUGAUUUUGUAAGGCAUUGUAGCCUAACAGUAAUUUAAGUUAUCUUGAGGUACAGUACGUGAACGUUAUCAGUAGUGCAUUUUCUGUAUCUACCUUGUGCAAUGGCAUUACAACCAAUAGUUGUAUUAUUAUUUUUGAGAAUUGCACUUUAUUUAUUUGUUUAUUUUUUUUGAGUUAGGUGAUUUAUUCUUUCAAGAUGAAAGACAAUAUUAUUGAAAUAGAUGUCAUAUGCAAUACAUAUCAUUCAAGGAGAAUGCAUAUCUUUUUCAGGGAGCAUGUAUAUUUUUCAGGGAGAGCAGGCCUUAUGCUAACUUUAUUUGAGAUUAUCUUUUGUGAAAAAGCCAUGGUCAGUGUUUUUGACAUUAAAAGUAAAAUAAAAUACAUGUUUUGUUCUGUUAAA